AUGCUAGUCUUCAUUUUCCUGGCCAUGGGGCUGUGCUCAGAAAAUGAAUCCACUUCCCAAACCACUGACUGCACAUAUUUGAGAGACCAAUGCUUAAGUGAUGUGAAUGGAUGUAAACAUGCCUGGAAAAUAAUGGAAGAUGCCUGCAGUGUUUCAGAUCCAGGUGACCCCUGCAGGAUGAAGAAUUCAUUGAGCUGUAACCUGGGCAUCCAAUCCUUACUGGAAACCAGUUUACAAUUUAAAGAUUGUAUCUGUACUGAUGACUUCUAUUGCACUGUUAACAAACUGCUUGGAAGAAAAUGCAUCAAUGAAUCAGAUAACAUGGAAGAGGGUAAUAAAUUCGAGUAGAAUCUAACCACUCUUUUCUAUCAUGGAACGAAAGGGAUCCGGUCCUGUUUGGAAGUGGCAGAGAUGUGUGUAGGGGAUGCAGUCUGUAAUGCACAGUUGGCCCUGUACCUUAAAGCUUGCUCAGCAAAUGGAAAUCUGUGUGAUGUGAAACACUGCCAAGCAGCCAUACGGUUCUUCUAUCAAAAUAUGCCUUUUAAUAUUGCCCAGAUGUUGGCUUUCUGUGACUGUGCUCCAUCUGAUAUACCUUGUCAGCAGUCCAAAGAAGCUCUUCACAGCAAGCCAUGUGCAGUGAACAUAGUUCCACCCCCUACUUGCCUCAAUGUAAUUCGCAGCUGCCGAAAUGAUGAAUUAUGCAGGAGGCGCUACAGGACAUUUCAGUCAAAAUGCUGGCAGCCUGUGACUAGAAAGUGCCAUGAAGAUGAGACUUGCAUCAGUACCUUGGGCAAGCAGGACCUCAUUUGCUCAGGAAGCGAUGACUGCAAAGCAGCUUACAUGGGCACCCUAGGGACGGUGCUUCAAGUGCAGUGCACCUGUAGGACCGUGUCACAAAGUGAAGAAUCUCUGUGCAAGAUGUUCCAGCAUAUGCUUCACAGAAGAUCAUGUUUCAAUUAUUCAGCUCUGUCCAAUGUCAAAGGCAUUGCAUGGCAAAAAAGAAAACAACCAAAGGAAAAAACUCUACACGGAUCUCAUUCCCCCUCCAACGGAGAAGUGAUUUAUGCCGUCAUGUGCAUGACAGUCACCUGUGGAAUCCUUCUCGUGGUUUUGUUCAAGCUGAGAACCUUCAGAAUAUCAACUCAAACCAGAGAUCGAUCACCAAGCCAAAUACCCGGAGGACUCAUGGUUCAUUAAGAAUCUUGGAUCAUUAACAAUCACUUCCUUUCAAGCAGGUCUUUCUAGCCAGUCAACAGAAUAUCCUGUUCGUCAUCAAUAAAGAAAAUGUUAAGAAGGGUUUAAUGAUAUUGUAUCAUUAAGGAUAAUAAUGUAAGGCAUAAUAAUAUGACAGGUGUUCGAUUUAUUUUUCUUUACAAGUUAUUAACUAUAAAUAAACAGUGAUAUCUUUUAUGAGACCAAUACAGAAUUACAGAAUUGCCCUUGAAGGCAAAAAGUGUUAUCUUAAAUUACAGUCUACAUGAUUUAUUGCAUGAUAAAAUUUGAAUCUAUAAAAUGGUAAUUAGCUACGUCAUAAUAUGACAUGUUAGCAGGGUUUUUUUCUGAUCAAUUUAAAAA